CUCUCUUCCUCUCAAAACAACUCCGCAUGCAGAGAAUUAGCUAAAGUUGAAAACAGAUGUAACUUAUCAAGUUGUAUCUCUUCUCGGACAAACCGAAUCUAAUUCUAUGCUAUUUCGUCCACUCAGAGAACAUCCAGUUGGAAGUUUGUUUAAAGUAAUCACCGAUGAGAGGAUAUAACAUGGAAUAACGUUAGCUGAACAUGCUAACUAACUAGCUACUGCUUGUGAUCGUUAGCUGUGAUGGCUACUCCUCUGAAUACUGCUCCUUUGUUAAGUCAAAGGGAACGCAGGGCUGCUCUGAGGAAAGAGAGAAGAAAAAAGAAACGCCAAGCUCUCGCCCAAGCCAGAGAAUGUGGUUUGAAAAAUGGAGGUAGCCAUGCAUAUGAAGUGGAGGAAGAAGAAAUACAUAAUGAAGGUGAUGUUGCUGAGAAAGAAAGACUUCGGCUACACAAAGAGUGGCUGGAAAGAGAGUGGCUUGCCCAGGAGGAGUUCAGGCUGAGGGCUGAGAGGGAGGAGGCUGUAAGGAAACGGAAAGAGGAGGAAGAGCGAAUGAUAAAAGAGGAAUGGGAAGCCCAGCAGAAGAAAGAAGAAGAAGAAAAAGAACAGAAGCAGCAGGACAAGCGAGACAGAGAGGAGGCCGUUCAGAAAAUGUUGGAUGAAGCAGAAAAUCAGCUAGAGAAUGGAGGAGCGUGGAUGAAUCCCGAGGCUCCUGGGACGAAAAGCUCUGAGAACUUUGGGACAGAGCGGGACGUGGCAAACUGUCCGUUCUUCCUGAAGACCGGGGCGUGUCGAUUUGGAGACAGAUGUUCUCGGAAGCAUGUCUAUCCCACAGCCAGCCCGACUCUGAUGAUCCGGGGAAUGUUUACUACGUUUGGCUUGCAGCAGUCGCGCCGCGAUGAUUACGACAUUGAUGCGUCUUUGGAAUACAGCGAGGAGGAGCUGCAGGAAACUUUCCUCGACUUCUACCAGGACGUCCUGCCGGAGCUGAAGAGUGUCGGCAAGGUGGUGCAAUUUAAGGUCAGCUGCAAUUACGAACCACACCUGAGAGGAAAUGUUUACAUUCAGUUUGACACAGAGGAGCAGUGUAGGGAGGCCAUCAUCAGGUUCAAUGGGAGGUGGUACGCAGGCCGGCAGCUUCACUGUGAGAUGUGUCCUGUUACACGGUGGAAGAAUGCUAUAUGUGGAUUGUUUGACAGACAGAAAUGCCCCAAAGGAAAGCACUGUAACUUCCUGCACGUAUUUCGAAACCCUGGCAAUGAAUUUUGGGAGGCGGACAGGGACCUGCAUUUGUCACCAGACCGCAGCGUCAGGGGGAGUCGCAGAGAGGGCUGGCAUUCAGAAAGAUACGGAGACCGAUCCUGGAGGCAACGUCAGAACAGCAGAAGCCCGCCGAGAUCAGACCGAUCCCACAGCAGACGGGAGGGAGACAGAUGCAGGAGCAGGGAGAGGAGGGCGUCCCAGCAGCACAGAGAGAACAGAUGCUCAUCCAGACACAGUGACAGAAAGAACAAUUGGUAUCCGAGCAAGAGUAAAGACAGGUCGAGGAGUAGAAGUAGAGAUAGAGAGCAAAACAGGCUCAGGAACAGGAGUAGAGAUAAAGACAGGGAGCAUAAGAAUAGAAGUGAAGACAGAGACAGUAAAGACAAAGAUACAGACACUUGUGAAAAAGUGAGGAAAAGGUCAAGAAGCACAAGCAGAGAAAGAAAGAAACGGAGUACAGAAAAGAGCCCCAAGAAACCAGAUACUGUUGAGGAUACCAAAACACGCCGCCGCCAUAAACAAUCCAAAAAGAGCAAGAAAAAGAGCAAAAAGAAGCAUAGGAAGAAAAGCCAUCUGCCUGAAGGAGUGACCUCCUCUGGAGAGUCAGAGAAGGAGAAGGAGUCAGAGGAUGAGACGGUUGAGAAUAUCCAUAGUCCUAGUGAGGGGGGAAAUGAAAUGGAGGCGAUUCAGAAAAACAUUGAUUUAGAUAAAAGUCCGGGUGUUGACAGAGCGAUUAGUUUUGAGGUGAAACGUGAACACUCUAUCACAGAAAUGCAGAAUGAGGCUGCUAGAGAAGGUGAGAAGAUUAACUCUUAGUUACAUUUCUAAAUAUAUGGAUUUGUUCUGGCUUUUCUCAUCAACAUGUUUUUAGCUGUUUUUCUGUAAGUGAGCAUCAAUGUACAUAUGUGAAUAUUUAGCUUUUGCAAAAUGGUUGAUGUUGCUUUAGUCACUGAACACUGGAGCUGCAGUACAACAUGAUUAUUGAUGCUGAGUAAAAACGAUAUGAAACAAAAAUCGUUUCUUUUGGAAUACAUUUAUUGUUAAUAACUUUCAAAUAUAAGAAAACAAUGAUGGCAAAUUAAUUGGCAGCGUUUAAUACAAAAGUGAUUUAUUCUUCACAAAUCCAGGAUGUACUUGUUGAAUAAUUAGUUCUGAAUGUUAAAUGAAACACUUUGUGGUUUUAAGAAUGCAGAUACAAUUUUUGGAUGAGAAUGUAGUCAUUACUUGUUGACCUGUUUUCCUGCUUCCUACUGACAAGUGAACAAGCUGACGGUGAUGAAUAUUAAUGAUGUACCCUGAUAUGUGCAGUUCAUCUUCUUUCGCUUCUACUCCAUAAAGAAAUUCAGGAUAAACCUGCCCUUAAACUGUUUGGGAUGAUAAUAAUACUGCUAUAUUGUGGCCAAAUAACCCCCACUACAUGUUCUGUCAAACAUCCCGCGCCUCUAAAUUCCUUUUCUUCCAUGUGAGCUUUCUGUAGACACCAUUGAGAAGAUAAAACACAGUGUUCUUUGGUCGUAUGUUAGUCUUUUAGCCAAACUAAAGUAUACAUAAAAUAGAUUUUCUUC